UCACAUUCGUUCAUCCUACGACAUACAAACACUUUUACCUAAGACAUAAUUUUGACGUGCAACUCAGUUUAUCGCAAUGACUGGCCGUGGAAAGGGAGGAAAGGGUCUUGGAAAGGGGGGUGCCAAGCGUCAUCGUAAAGUCCUGCGUGACAACAUCCAAGGAAUCACCAAGCCUGCCAUCCGUCGUCUCGCUCGUCGUGGAGGUGUCAAGCGAAUCUCUGGUCUUAUCUAUGAAGAGACCCGUGGAGUCCUCAAGGUUUUCCUUGAAAAUGUCAUCCGAGAUGCUGUCACUUACACCGAGCACGCCAAGAGGAAGACGGUCACCGCCAUGGACGUCGUCUACGCCCUCAAGAGACAAGGCCGCACCCUCUACGGAUUCGGCGGUUAAAAGGUUGAAAUGAACCUCCUCCAUCUCGAUCUUAUCAUCAUGUUUUCAUACCCCAACGGCCCUUUUAAGGGCCACCACAUUCUCCAAAGAGCAAAUUUACUGGCGUGCCCAGUAGUGUUGUUGAAAGAACAGAGAUGUUGAAAACAAAUAAAUUAUUUUAUGUUGUUACAAAGAAAA